UCUGAUGUCAGAAAAGAGGGCGGACCUGCAGACCUCCUUCAGAUCAGCUCGCCUCAGCCACUCUGUCAUGUAGCAGCAUGAGCUGUGAAGCUCCAGCAGCGUUUUUGGAACUGUAGUACUGUAGCAGAAUGAGAGACGACCUGGAUAAUAUAGCCAACAAAUGACUGGCAAAGUUAUUUGGCAGCUAGCUUAUGAGCCAGUGAUCAUCAGAAGCUACCAUAACACAAACAGAGGGAUCACAUUUUCAGACUGCCUCCAGCUAGAAGUACUGCUCAGUUCUCUGGGCUGACAGCACCUUGGGCAUCAGAAUGUGUCAUGUCAUAGUAACUUGCCGCUCCAUGUUGUGGACCCUUUUGAGUAUUGUAGUGGCAUUUGCUGAACUUAUUGCUUUCAUGAGUCCUGAAUGGCUAGUAGGAAAGGCGAAAAGCAUCAAUUCUGCAAGUGUGGAGAACAGGACAGGGGGGUCAUCAGAGCCAUAUCGUCCCACACUUGGAAUCUAUGGGCGCUGCAUCAAACUUGCAUCAUCCUGGAGGGAGACACUGUGUGGACCGUAUGCUGAGAACUUCAAUGAAAUCGCCAGCGGGUUCUGGCAAGCAACUGCUAUUUUUCUGGCAAUAGGGAUCUUGUUUCUUUGUGCUGUUGCAUUUGUAUCAGUAUUCACCAUGUGUGUCCAAAGCAUCAUGAAGAAAAGUAUUUUUAAUGUUUGUGGAUUAAUACAGGGAAUUGCAGGCCUCUUCCUGAUCCUUGGUCUCAUCCUUUUCCCUGCUGGAUGGGGUUGUCAGAAGGCAGAAGAUUACUGUGGCCCUGAGGCAUCUCCGUAUAAGCUUGGUGAAUGUUCUUUAGGAUGGGCCUUCUACACAGCCAUCGGAGGCACUGGGCUGACGUUCCUCUGUGCUGUCUUUUCAGCACAGGCUGAAAUCGCCACAUCCAGUGACAGAGUCCAAGAAGAGAUUGAAGAGGGGAAAAGUCUCAUCUGUCUUUUAUGAAGGAAACUUUUUGGGGAGUUGUACUGACCUAAAGGAAUUGGAUUUCAGUUAGCCUGAUCAAGGACAUCAGUGUGCUGGACACAUCAGUUCUGUAUAACCAGAAACUGGGCUCUGCAUUCUUUACUGAUUCCAACCAGCGGUAACUCUUGAACCUUGUUGUUCUGAUCUUCAGCUGUUUGAAUAAUCAUCCCGCUUUCUUCAGUGAACACUCUGUCCGAUAAACAGCGAAACAGAAAAAGACGACAUUUCUUCAUGUGUGAAGCAAAAUACUGCAGAUUUUAGCUUUUAUUUAAAAUACACUGUAGAUAUUCUGAAAUAGCUAAUCUUCUUCUUUUGGCUUUCCCGGUUAGGGGUCGCCACAGCGGAUCACCUGUCUGCUCAUGAUUGGCAGUGGAGUUUUUACGGUGUCAUUGCCAGCCCAGCACUCAACUUUC